GUUUUAAACUCAAAAUCAAAACCCUAAUGUUUUGACUUUCCUAUCUGACCCUCCGUUCUUCCCUCUAAUUACCAAAAAAUAUCCAUAAUUAAAAACUCAAAUCACAAUCCCAAAACUACCCUCUCCGUCCCGCGCACUUUAAGUUGUGUCUUCCGCAAGCUUCUCAAAUACAAAAUCAUAAAUAAAAUUCAAUAAUCCCCCGCUCAUCAAAAUCAACAUUUUUGUCAAAUCCUGCCAACCGUGAAAAUAAAGUUAUCCACAAUCCCAAAACUACCCUUCCCCGCGCUCUAUCAGUUCAGUAUCGCGCAAGCUUCUCAAAAACAAUUUCAAAAUCCCCCGCUAUUUUUCUUUUCUUUAAUUUUUUUUUAUUUCCCUAUAUAACUACACCCGAACCCUCCAAUUACUCUCCAAAACCCAAUCUUUUAUCUUUUAGGAAGUCAAACCCUACAAUAUGCCUGCGAUCCCCGAAGAACCCCUUCUCGCUCCCAACCCAGACCGAUUCUGUAUGUUCCCAAUCCAAUACCCAGAAAUUUGGGAAAUGUACAAAAAAGCCGAAGCAUCAUUUUGGACGGCAGAGGAAGUGGAUCUCUCUCAAGAUCUCCGUCACUGGGAAUCCCUAACUCCCGAUGAAAAGCACUUCAUCUCUCACGUCCUCGCCUUCUUCGCCGCCUCCGACGGUAUCGUCCUUGAAAACCUCGCCGGCCGUUUUAUGAAAGAGGUUCAAGUGGCUGAGGCGCGUGCUUUCUACGGUUUCCAAAUCGCUAUUGAGAACAUCCACUCUGAAAUGUACUCUCUUUUGUUGGAGACUUAUAUCAAAGACUCCAAUGAAAAGAACCGUUUGUUUCACGCUAUCGAGACGGUUCCUUGCAUAGCGAAGAAAGCGGAGUGGGCUUUGAAAUGGAUAGACGGCUCGGAAUCUUUUGCUGAGAGGAUUAUUGCUUUCGCUUGUGUUGAAGGGAUUUUCUUCUCUGGAAGUUUCUGCGCGAUAUUUUGGCUUAAAAAGCGUGGGUUAAUGCCGGGUCUGACAUUUUCAAACGAGUUAAUCUCACGAGAUGAGGGCUUACACUGCGAUUUCGCGUGUUUGAUUUACAGUCUGUUAAAGAAAAAAUUGAGUGAGGAGCGCGUGAAGGGAAUAGUGCGAGAUGCGGUGAACAUCGAGAGGGAGUUUGUAUGUGACGCGCUUCCUUGCGCGUUGGUGGGGAUGAAUGGGGAGUUAAUGAGUCAGUAUAUUGAGUUUGUUGCAGACAGGUUGUUGGGUGCGCUUGGGUGCGGCAAGGAGUAUAAUGUGUCAAAUCCUUUUGAUUGGAUGGAGCUGAUUAGUUUACAAGGGAAGACUAAUUUUUUUGAGAAGAGAGUUGGAGAGUAUCAGAAAGCGGCUGUUAUGUCUAGUAUUAAUGGGAACGGUGGGACCCAUGUUUUUAAAAUGGAUGAGGAUUUUUAGUUUGAUAGACACCGCUUUCAAUUUUAUGUUGUAAUAUUACUUUAUGAUAAUUUAGUACUCUGAUGGUGCUCUUUUUUUCUUUUCUCAUAA